AUGGGCGUUCCUUGCGAAGAGCAAAGUACAGAAUCCACAGGAGUAUGGAAAAGAGACUGCUUUUGUGAUGUUUCGUGCAUUGAGUUCCAAGACUGCUGCAGAGACCACGAAGAGAUAUGCGAGCCAGUUUUGCUAACAACACCCGCAUCAACCACUUUUACAUACGAAACGACGGAAUCAACAGAGCCAAGUCGGGAAGGAGCAUCCUGCGCGAGUCGAUCUUCUUCUGAAUCUCUUUGUCCUUCAGGGCCAGUCGACAAUAUUAACAUGGGAAGUGAUUGCUACGGAUGUGUUCCUGAACUGGUCGAAAUCGGUAUUCCUUGUUACCGUCAGCCGACGAUCAACAAGGCAGAAUGGACUUCGAGCAUUACUGACGGCUACGGGAAACGAGACUGCUUCUGUGAUCAAGCGUGCGAGAGCUUUGGUGACUGUUGUUUCGAUCACAAAGAAGUUUGCAAACCGCUCUUCGAAGAAAAGGGCACAUCAACAGACUCAACCGACGUUGCUGUGCGACGAUGUUCGCCCAAAUGCCAUCGCCAGGAAUUCAUCUCGUCCUUGACGAAUCUUGGAAAUCCUCAGUACAAACUGGACGCAGAAUGUCAACCGGAUGGCUUGUUUGAUAUUUGGACUGUAAUUUGCACGGAUCCAGAGGGAAUACUGCCGGAAAUUCGCCAAGAGGGUCCUCCGAGCAUAAGGCUCAAAACUGAGAAAAUCGCGACAUUAUGUCUCGCUGACCGCACAAUUCAGUGCGGGGAAAGAACUCAAGAGCCAGAAGUUGUCGAGUGCAAUUGCGAUGAGUCAGCACUUCGAGAGCAAAUGGGCCAAAACGUAGAACUUGCUUGCUCAGAAGUCAUCAACUUCAAGAAAGAAAAAUGGUACGCCAAUUGUCCAGGAGAAACACCUAAGCUUAUGACCUUCAAAAUGUGCAAAGCAUCAUCAUUAGGCUGCGAGAGUGAUCAAACUGAGAGCGAAGAAAAUGACUGCGUGCUCAAGGAAAAUCAGAUUCUCCCAUAUGUCUCUAUAGAAGGAACGCGAGUGGACGUAAACGCUAUUUGUGAUGGUGUUUCUGACGGAUUAGACAAGUGGACACUCUACUGUGAUGCAAAUUCGAACGGUGAGCUUGAUGAUGACGAGUCUCGACAGAGCUACAAACUCAAGCAAAACCCUGCGAAGAUUCGCAAGAAAGGCGUCAAGAUUAACUGUUAA